AUGUCGGUCGCUUCUGCAUUGCCACUCUUGUCACCUCUGGUCACCCGCAUCCUCCAGCUUUCCGGCUUCCCUCCCCAGCUUAAGACGCGCGACCUCCAGCAAGUCUUUUCGGCCUAUGAGGAUGACAAUGGCGGCUACAAGAUCAAGUGGGUCGACGAUACCACUGCCCUCAUCAUCUUUGCCGACCCCGCCACCGCCAAGAAGGCCUACCUCCGCACCAUCAUGGCUCCCCCGCAACAGCUUAUCAACGACAAUGGCGUUCCUGCAAAGAUCAAGCCUUAUGACCAAGACGAUGCGAGCGCCAUCAUUUCCAGCGUCUCCAGUCGACAACGAUCUCGCUCUAACGGUGGAGGUAUCCUGGGCAGCCCGACAAAGCCGCACGCCGAACUUGUCGCCCCAUCUACGCCCGAUAGCCCCGCAAAGCCGUUUCGAGGUCACGCGCAUACGCCUUCGUUCGGCCGCACCUUUGGACACAGACGCCAGCAGAGCGGCUCCAACCCCAACUUGCCCCCCAAACCCGUCGCUGCGGCGCUGUUCGACGCUGCCAAUGGCGGGCCCUCUCCAGCUAACCGCGUCCUAGCCGGCGUCGAUACACUGAGCGGCAUCGCUGGUCUUCCCGCAAACCCCGUCGCUGCUGCCAGAUCCAGUUUCAUGGCCGACUCGCCUAGCAGAAUGUCGCGCAACAGCAGCCAGGCGUCAGACGCUACGCUCGAUUCUGACCUUGCCAGUCUCUCGCUCAGCAACGCUAGCAACACCACGACCAGCAAGAACGGCAACGCCAACGGCACCAAGAUUCCCGCUGGCACCAAUGUGUUUGGAGGCUUGCUGAGCGCACCGGCGAACAUCUCGUCGAAUGGCGCUGGCAAGCGACUCAGCCCAGGCAGUACUCCAAGCAGAAUGUCACCGCUUCCGCGCUCCACCCCGCUCAGCGGCUCGACAUCCGGUGUCUCGUCCGCCUCGAUUUCUCCUUCUGCUUCGCCCUCAGCCGACGCUGCGCUCGUCUCGGCCGCUACCACCACGGUCGGGUAA